GUGACGAAGGUGGAGGAGCCUUCUAAAUAUGGUGUGGUGAUAUACGAUGAUUCUGGCAAGAUUGACAGAUUCGUUGAAAAGCCACAGGAGUUCGUUUCCAACAAGAUCAACGCAGGAAUGUACAUCUUCAACCCGUCAGUUUUAAAGAGGAUAGAGUGCCGCCCCAUGAGCAUUGAGAAGGAGGUUUUCCCUUACAUGGCUGAGGAGGGUCAGCUGUAUGCACAAGAGCUCCAGGGCUUCUGGAUGGACAUUGGACAACCAAAGGACUUCCUGACUGGCAUGUGCCUCUACCUCAACUCUUGCAAGAUUAAUAAUAGUGCCAAGCUCUGUAAAGCCCCAGGUAUUGUUGGCAAUGUCCUUGUAGACCCUUCAGCCAAAAUUGGGAAGAAUUGUCGCAUUGGCCCCAACGUGACUAUAGGGCCUGAUGUGGUGAUUGAGGAUGGAGCCUGUAUCAAGCGGUGCACAAUCCUUCGAGGAGCCACCAUAAAGUCACACACAUGGCUUGAGAACUGCAUUAUUGGGUGGAAAUGUAUUGUUGGGAAAUGGGUGCGCAUGGAGAACGUUUCUGUACUGGGUGAAGAUGUGAUUGUCAAGGACGAACUUUACGUCAAUGGCGGAAUGGUGCUUCCACACAAGAGCAUAGCAGCCUCAGUCUUAGAGCCCAAGAUUAUCAUGUGAAACACGCACUGGUGGGAAUGGGUGUGCUAUUUAUAUGUGAAUCCUUUUUGCCUUACUUGUAAGAUCAAUCUUCAGGUUUAAUACUUUUAUUGUGUAUUGUUUAAUGUUAUUAUUAUUAUUAUUUUUUUUUUAACUCUAUUUACUUUUUUCUCUCUUCAUUCAUAUUUUAGAUAGAAUUAUGAUUUAUUUUCUAUAAUAUAUUUAUAUACAUGUAAUUUAUAUGUAUUUCUGCCUUUAUAAAUUGAAGUUGUGAGCAGUCUGUGAAGCAAUAUUGAGUGUAGGGGGUGGGUGUGUUUCCUUCACAACUACAAUAGAGCAAAUUUUGGUGUCUUCUGGUUGGUCUCAGGCUGAGUGUUCUGCUGUAUAUUGUAUAAAGAUAAAUUAAUUAACUGAAGAUGAAUAGAAAUCUAAAAAAAAGGAAAAAAGUGUAAAAUAAUUUUCUAAAAACUAAGAAUGCUAAUUCCAGCAUUUUCAGGCAUGUUUCUUACUAUCAUAUGGAUAUGAACUAUAUGUAUGACUUUAUACAAGUGAAUUAGCAGCUAGAGUAAAGGUUAAAUAUUGUUGACAUUUUAUGAAUUUUGAAAGAAAGAAAAGACAUAUUUUACUUCAUUUUAGAACUGUUUCAAGGUACAAAGAAAAAAAUUCAUUGUAUGUAUGUACAACCUGAAGAUAAGUUCUAAAUUUAAUUGAAAUAUGUUUUCGAUUCAAAUUUUACUUUGAUUCUCUUUGCAAUAGAUUUAUAUAUUCUCGUUUUUCCAUGUUUAUAUUUAUGCAUCCUAGUAUGUUUUCUACAAAGAUUAUCACAGAUUUUAGUUGUCUAUCCUAAUGUCACUGUUUAAGGUAUUUGAUUUGCAGUUUGUGGCAGUUUUGCUCAUGAUAAGUGGAGGUUUUGCAUAGAUUGUUAAUUCGUAUUGAUUAUUCAAUAUUCUAAAAUGACAGUUUCCAUAUUCCUAGGCAGUGUUGUCUUACAUGAAAUAAUUAUAAGAUUAAGAAAAAAGCUAUUUAAUGUAAUGAAAUCAAAUUCUUGUUAAAUUCUGGAAGUAAGUGACAAAGUUGUUAACUUUUUUCUACAGUACUUCUAAGAUUUUUGUCUAAUAAAAUAUACUUUAGCA